UGAAGGCAAAAUGGUGGCCCUUAUGUGUGCCGAAGCCGUGAUAUUAGGCACAAACUCAAAGGACUAUCAAAUUUACUCACUAGGUGAUCGCAUUUUCUGCUGUGCCCCGAGUACUGGCAUUGAACGCGGAAUAAUGUUGGAAAUUUCCAACCAGGUGGAAUGCCAGUACCGGGAACGCGGUAUAAAACCCACCAUGGACCAAGUGCGAGAUAUGUUGGCCCGAAAAUAUGAAAACGUUAGCUCCGAGAACGUACUGCUUGUUGGACAGGAUCGCCAUGGGCCGCAUAUCUAUGCCAUGAAAGGGAUCGGAAUACCGCAAACCUUGAUAUAUGCAGCAAAGGGCAAGGGAAGGGAUGACAUCAUCGGCUAUUUGAUGCACAACUGGAAAAAGUCAUUGAACCUGGCUCAAGCUGAGCAACUAGUAAGGACCUGCCUUCUAGUGGGGGAGAAUGAUUACGUGAACAUGUGCGUCAUCUAUAAAGAAAAGGAAACAUGGGCUAAGGCUGUGCCGCAAUUAGAGCCUGUCGCUAUUAUGGCUUACGACACGGAGAGCGCCUUUGAUGACAUGACCUCUAUGGGUAGUAAUUUAUCGAACUAAUCCUAAUUUUAAUUUU